GUUUGUGUUCGAUUUUUGUGUACGUGUGUAGUACGAAAGAAAAUCCGAUUGCAGUGUUCUGAAUAAAAAAAAGAAAAAUUUUCUUUCUACCAAAAAAAAAGAAGAAAAACCAAAAAUUGUGUCUUUUUAAUAUAAAUUAAUAAACAAUCGAAUCUUCAAAUGCAUUAAAAGACGAAGUAUUAUCUACGAUGCUAUAAGUGGAGAGUUAUAAGACAAAAAAAAAAAACAUAUACUCAACUAUUCAUUCCAUUAAUUUAUCCAAUCGAGAAAUAUUCCAAAAAAGGGGGAAACAUUCUCAUCUUCAAAUUAAUUAAAGAGGCGAUGACCUUAACAACUGCUACUCAGCAAGAAAGUAGCAAAAAAAUGGAAGUCAAAAGCCCCGAGAACUUACCCACCUCUGAAAUGGAUCUCCUUGCAAAACUCGAAGCUGCAAAUAAACUUAUCGAAAGUGAUGCCAAAAGUUUAAAUUCAUUACAUUCAACACAUAGUCGAAAGAAUUCCGAUACAAGUCAAAUCAGUAUUAAUUCAAGUGGAAAUUCAGUUGCUGAAGAAGAUGUAUGGACCACUUGGGCUACUAUACUUAAUGAUUGGGAGGGAAGUCUUAAGAAAAAGACGCCUUGCGUUAGAGAACUAGUACGUAGGGGAAUUCCUCAUCAUUUUAGGCCAAUUGUCUGGCAAUUAUUGUGCGGUGCAAGUGAAGUUGAUAAGAAGCAAUAUGCUGAAUAUAUUAAAGCAACAUCAGCAUGUGAAAAAGUCAUUAGGCGGGAUAUUGCACGAACAUAUCCAGAACAUGAUUUUUUCAAAGAGAAAGAUGGUCUUGGUCAGGAGGCUCUUUUUAAUGUAAUGAAAGCCUAUUCACUGCAUGAUCGUGAAGUUGGCUAUUGUCAAGGAUCUGGAUUUAUUGUUGGAUUGCUUCUUAUGCAGAUGCCUGAAGAGGAAGCCUUUGCUGUUUUAGUUCAAAUAAUGCAACAGCAUCGCAUGCGUGACAUGUUCAAACCAUCGAUGUCCGAAUUAGGACUUUGCAUGUAUCAACUAGAAAGUUUGGUACAAGAACAAAUACCAGAAAUGCAUAUUCAUUUUCAACAGCAAGCAUUCCAAACCACUAUGUACGCAUCCAGUUGGUUCCUGACUCUCUAUACAACAGCUUUAAAUUUAAAUCUAAGCUGUCGCGUUAUGGAUGUUUUCCUUAGCGAAGGAAUGGAAUUUAUUUUCAAAGUAGCCCUCGCCUUGCUAACAUUAGGGAAAGAAACACUUUUGUGUUUGGAUAUGGAGGCAAUGCUUAAAUUUUUCCAAAAAGAACUUCCUGGCAAGGUCGAAGCUGACCCUGAAGCAUUCUUUAAUUUAACGUAUUCCAUGAAGAUCAAUACAAAACGAAUGAAGAAAAUGGAAAAAGAAUACUCUGAUUUAAAGAAGAAAGAACAAGAAGAGAUGGUUGAACUUAGACGUCUGAGGAGAGAGAAUCGUUUGCUUAAGCAACGAAAUGAAUUGCUUGAAGCUGAAAGUGCUGAAUUAGCUGAUAAACUUGUACGAGGACAAGUAUCACGUGCUGAGGAAGAAGAAACUAGUUUUGCUAUUCAAACCGAGUUGCUGCAAUUGCGUCGAAAUUUUCUCGAAGUUUCACAUCAAUUGGAAAAUGCUAAUGAAGAAGUUCGUGGUUUAAGUUUGAGGCUUCAGGAAAAUAAUGUCUCCAUUGAUAGUAAUAACUCCCGUCAGAGUUCUAUUGAUGAACUUUGCAUGAAAGAAGAAGCUCUCAAACAACGUGAUGAAAUGGUAUCUUGUCUUUUAGAAGAGCUAGUUAAAGUACGUCAAGGCUUAGCCGAAAGUGAAGACACUAUACGUAAUUUGAAAUCAAAAAUCGAAGAAAUUGAAGAAGAAAAUCAAAAACUACGUGAAAUCACACCCGAUAAUUCGGUAGCGCAUUUACAAGAUGAAUUAAUUGCAAGUAAAUUGCGUGAAGCCGAAGCUAGUUUAUCACUUAAGGAUCUAAAACAACGUGUACAAGAACUGAGCUCACAAUGGCAACGACAAUUGCAAGAGCACAAGGCUGAACAUAGUACACCAUCAGUCGAUUCAACACCAAAGAAACUUCUCACAAACUUCUGGGAUUCAACAACCAAAUCGCAUGAAAUGCAAAAACUAGAAGAAGAUCUUAUGACAACAAGAAUAAGAGAAAUGGAAACUUUAACUGAGCUUAAAGAGUUACGUUUAAAAGUAAUGGAACUAGAAACUCAAGUACAAGUGUCAACAAAUCAACUUCGUCGACAAGACGAUGAGAAAAAGAAACUCAAAGAAGAACUCGAACAAUCUCUUAAUCGCGAAAAAGAUUUGGCCAGUAAAGCUCGCGAACAGCAACAUAGAUAUUCGGACUUGGAAUCUCGUAUGAAGGACGAGCUUAUGAAUGUGAAAAUUAAAUUCACAGAGCAAAGUCAGACUGUUGCCGAGCUAAAGCAAGAAAUAUCUCGUUUAGAGACAAAGAACUCCGAAAUGCUUGCUGAAGGUGAACUACGUUCAAAUCUUGAUGAAUCUGACAAAGUUCGUGAUCUGCAGGACAGAUUAGCUGAUCUCAAAGCAGAGCUUACAGCGAUUAAAAGUAGAGGAAAAUUUCCAGCGGCCAAAUUGAGAAGCUCUUCGAUUCAAUCAAUUGAAUCAACCGACAUUGACUUUAACGAACUGAAUAUGCGAAGAGAGAGUACGGAAUUUACAUCAUAAUAUUUAAAGUAAAAAAAGUUUGUAUUUAUUUAUUUAUAAUAUUAGAUUCAAUUUUAAACCACAUUCGUUUAAGUACUACAAGUAUUUUUUUUUUACAUUAUAUACAUAUUAUAUUUACAUCCAAUACAAUAUUGAAUUUUUGUAUUUAAAAAAAAAAAAAAUGAGUUUCCAUACAUUCAGAAAGAAUAUUUUAAAAUUUUAAUUAAAAAAUUAAAAAUAAAAACUACAACAAAAAUCCUCGAAGAGGAAAAAAUCGCAAAAAAUAUUAAAAAAACAUGAUAUACAACUAUUGAAUUAGAUUGUAGAUUUUAUAUAGUAUUUUAUAAAUAUUAGAAAAUAUCCAAUAAAAAAAAAUAAAUUUUAAACUUAGGGAAAAUGUGGCAAAUUAAUGGACAAUGUCCAAAUUUAUAAAAAAAAAAAAAACAAAUAUGAAAGAGGAAGAUAAUCAAUUGUGUUAGAUGUUAAGUUAACAACAUUAAUAAUGAGAAUGUUGUAAGUUUAAAAAAAGCAGCGAUAUAUGUUUUUUUUUUUUGCUUAACAUUCAAACGAUACAAAAAUAUGCAACACUUAAAAAAUAACCAAAUUAGAUUUAACAUUAGCGCGAUAUUUUAUUGAAUGUAGGAUUUAAA